AUGAGUGUAACAAGCAUUGAGGAACAAAUUAGGAACUCGAAACAUGUAGAAUUUGUUACCAUUAAAACGCUAUCAAAUCCAGCAACAGACGAAGAGUAUAGCCCGGAUUUGGAGGACCCUGCCAUAGCAAGCCAGGUGCAGUACCCAUUUGCUGAUACCACUCUCAUUGCUCGUUUCUGGCGAUCUCUCCCGGCGCUGAAAUGGGUACACACACAGAGAAAUGGAGUCGAUCUCGUUAUAGACAGCCUGAAGAAGAAUGAGGCCCCUCCGUUUAUUCUGACAAAGACGCCGGGCGAUCUGAAUUCUAGUUUUAUAAUCGAAUAUGUUCUUGGAUACAUCAUUGCAAUGAACAGGAAGAUAUUUGAGGCUCGGGAGAGUCAAUCCAGAAAGGACUGGCAACAAAGACCUCUUCUGUGUAACCAAAACAUUGCAGAAUGCACCGUUGGAAUUCUUGGCGUUGGAGAAAACACAUCGCUAAAGCCUGUAAGGUUCUGGGACUGCAUGUCUGGGGAAUGA